AUGGCUACAAAGGCGUCUAUCCUACACCCUCCAAACGAGACCGAGCAUACCAUGUCUCGCGUCACCCAGGAGGGCAAAAAACUCACCUACCACCUCAAGGUCAUUCAGCAGCCUGAGCGCGCCAGAGCAUGUGGUGCUGGAGCGAAAUCCUCUGCGGACCGCCGACCUGUUGACCCGCCGCCAGUGGUCGAAUUGCGCGUGUACGAAUCAGACCUAAAUGAUCAGCACAAAACAGAUGUCACUUUUAGCUACAAUGCCAACUUCUUUCUGUUUGCGACCCUCGAGUGGGCACGACCAAUUGCCCAUGGCAGAGUCCAGACGCAGACCCCUUCCUGUCCCGUGCUGACAGGCGUGCCCGUUGCGGGCAUUGCAUAUCUGGAUCGACCAACCCAGGCGGGAUACUUCAUCUUCCCUGAUCUUUCCGUCCGUCACGAGGGCCUGUACCGGUUAAACUUCAACUUGUAUGAGGAAAUGAAGGAACCCAAGCAUGCCGAUAAAGGUGGACUAGUACCACACCACCCGCAGCACCAUCUGGUGCCGUCCACGCCGUCGAAACCCCGUUCACCGCAUCAGUUCCUCCACUUCCGUUUGGUUGUCAAAUCCGUCCCGUUCACCGUUUACAGCGCGAAGAAGUUCCCUGGCCUGGCCGAGAGUACCACGUUGAGUCGCAUCGUGGCAGAGCAAGGUUGCCGUGUCCGGAUCCGCCGCGAUGUUCGUAUGCGUCGUCGCGAACCGAAACCCAACAAGGACUAUGGUGCCUACGACGACAGGCAUAGGGCCACCCCAGAUCCAUACCCGGGAACUCCUAUCGAACGUCCACGCUCGACGAGCAACGCCUCCAUCGACGACCCUUACAGAUACCCCACAGCACCACCACAGGUCCAACCGAGUCCCGAGUACGGCUACCAUCAUCCAUCUCAUCAGCAACCCUCUCCUGUCCCUACCGCAGCUCCGCACUUACUUCUAUCCUUUGGCGCCCAUGCACAAUAUCACGUUCCUCCCCCGCCACUACACGCCGCCGCCGCACACCCCGCUGCACCAUCCACUGCCUAUCCUUCUCCCCAUCUUGGUUACGUACAUACCCGACAAAUCUCUGGCGGUUCAGAGUACGACCCCCUCGGGCAAAAAUAUUCCCAGUACCCACCUACCAGCCCUCACUCGGAUGUAUACGACCAAUCGAAGCCUUCUAUGCCCAUGAACCCAUCAAUGGAUCACCCCCCCUACCAGCAAAUGUCCUACGACCAACGCCUCGCAGAUCCAAAACUUUAUAACCCACCAUCUCAACUCCUCCACGCUCCUCCUCCUCAACAACAACAACAUCAACAACAACAACAACAUCAACAUCAACAUCAACAUCAACCACCCCCAUCCUCAGCAGGAGUAGCACAAACCACCCCGCACCGAACUCCCGCCAAACCAACAAUCCUCCCACCAACCCCAUCCUGCCUCUCCGUCGAAAUCGACCCCGCCGCCGAAGCCGACGACACAAUCUUCAGCGCCACGCGCACCCGCCGCGGCUGGGUCCUGGACGAGAAGCCCGGCCCCGCAAAGCGCACCCGCGACACCUCCGAGCACGACCACCAGCCCCUGCGCAACGGCCAGCGGCCUGUCAUGUCCGGCGACGAAAGGGGCAGCGGCGAACUCAGCGAGACGUCUGGCGGGUCUGACGACGAGGUGAUGAUGUACCGGCGGGCGGAUGGGCGGACGGUGUGGAAGCACCGCGCGUCGGCGAAUUCGAAGGGGAAGGAGGUUAAUACUCCGCGCGAUUUGGAUUUGGUUCCUAGGCGGGCGGAGGUGUGUCCUCUUCUUGAGUAAAAAAA